AUGGAGUAUAUAUCUGGUUAUCAAGGCCUUGCGCGAUUCAUGGUCCGCGACAAAGAUCGAAGUCCAUGCAUAUUUCGCACAUUUGACCGCCUGGCAGUUCGCAACCUCCUUUACCUGCAGAGUGAGCUCUUAAGUAUUGAGCAUCGUCUGGAAGCCCUGGAUCAUGCAGAUAUUCGAGCGUCGAUGGAUGUGAAGGCAUGCUUGAGAGACUGGAACACUAUGAAAGUCGAAGAAGCCGAUGAGUCAAUCCGGUGUCAGAUUGAGGAGCGCGCACAAUUAGUUCAGAAGCUGAAGAUGGCGAUGAGAGAUUACCGGGAGAUGCUGCUGCUAGAACACCAGAUCAGAGCGAUCGAAAGGCCCAGUCAGAGAACUCUCGAGGCUGUACGAAACUGCUUUAACAAUGUCAAAAGCUCGCUCAGUCCUGGUGUUCCAGCACUUGAUGGCCUCAAUACAAGCAUUUUUGAUAAUGCCGAUGAUCUGAUUUCGCUUAAGAUUGCAACGGACGACGAUCGGCUUACCCGGUUCCUGCAGAAUACAUUUCCAGUGUUCUUCGCAAAGAGGGCGCCGGAAUCUGACGUUGAAGCACAGAAGCGAGGGAUUGGUAGCAACCUCGACAGCCAAUUACUAUACUAUUCCGAGCGACGUCUCCAUGCUUUUGUCGUGUUCAUCUACAUAGCAUUAGCAUCAUGCUUGCUCUUCGGUGCAAUGUUCAAUCUGUACUUCGUGGAGAGCAACACAAAGCGGCUUGGCUUCAUUGCCGGGUACACCAUAGCAUUUGCAAUCUGCGUGGGCUUCUUGACGAACGCUCGGAGGGCUGAGAUUUUCGGGGCGUGUGCAGCGUAUGCGGCAGUUCUUGUGGUUUUCGUAAGUGGAGGGCUGAGUGGCAAUAUGCCCCCAGGCGGAUGA